AUGUCGCCGCGGGCCUUCCUGAGCAGUCUGACGACUCCCAGGGUCAGCCUGAUGUCCCGACACGCGGCGCUGAGCAGCCUCUUUGGCGACGACCCCUUCUUCACCCAGGGGGGGCUCCUGUGGCCCCUUUCCUCGCUUCGCCAGGACCUCCUCAAGCGCAAGGCGGAGCUGGCCGACACUUUCUUCAAGGACGGACCUCGACUCUUGAACUCACCUCUCAUGGGCUCCGCUUUCCUCAGAAUGAACGACCAAGAAGACGCCGAAGAAGAGGAGACGCAGCGGGAGGUCCAGAGGGCCUCGGCGCACGACGACCUCUUGGUGACCCUGGACGCCCGCGGCUACGCCCCUGGCGACAUCAGUGUCAAACUGGACGGACGCAACCUGCUGGUGAUGGCCACCAAGCAGGCGGGCGCCCAGGAAGCUCACUCCUGCUCCUCGGCGUCCUCCCGAGCCUCCUUCGCCUCCUCAGCUGCCUCCCGCGUUGGCUUCGAGCAGAAGAUCCACCUGUCGCCACACCUGGACCUGUCCGGUCUGUCCUGCUCCCUGAUGGAGGACGGACAGCUGCGUAUCCACGCCCCGGUCGAGGCCCCCAAAGAGCCACUGGAGGCCCCCAAGGAGCCAAUGACGGAGGAGCGAGAGGAGGCCCCUCCUCUUUUCAGGACUUCCCUGGAAUUCCCUGUCACUAAGGAGCAGAUUGAGGCCUAG